AUGCUUGAUCAUAUUGAUGAUAAGGUUAACCGUCCAUCGGACAUUGAUGAUGAUACAUGGAAGCGCUUGGAUGCUAUUGUGAAAAAUUGGAUUUAUAAUUUCAUAUCUAAAGACCUUGUCCAUACUAUAAUGAAAUCGGGUGCUACGGCCCUUGAAUUAUGGAACCGGCUCAAGGACAUAUUUCAUGAUAACAAGCACACCAGAGCAGUUUAUUUGGAGGAACAAUUCAGCACCACCAAGCUUGAGCAAUUCGCCAACAUGUCUGAUUAUUGCAUGCACCUAAAGCUCCUUUCCGAUCAAUUGAGAAACGUUGAUGGCCCGGUUUUCGAUAGGAAAAUGGUUCUACAAUUAACUGCGGGUCUCCCUGAAGGGAAAUACGACACUGUCGCUGCUUUAAUUUCUCAAACCAAACCAACACCGACUUUCAACAAAGCCCGCUCCAUGUAUAUAUUGGAGGAGACUAGAAAGACCAAGCAAGAAGACCAUGGGCAAGCCCUUCUUGCUCAGAAUUCGCAAGCUGUACCCACCUCAACACCAUCGCAACAGCAGCCGGCCAUCGACCAGCAGCGCAAUGGUGGAGGUCGCGGUGGUGGUGGCCGCGGACGUGGCCGUGGCUCCAAUAACAAAUCUGGAAACGGCAGGGGAAAGGGUCGAGGCAACAAUGGUUCUCAGCAGCCUUCUCAAGCAACUAGGCCUCAAUAUCAAGCCCAGCCGAAAGCCCCUCAGUGGGGAAAUCAGCCCACGUGGUCUCAGCAACCAUACGGACAAUGGGCCUUACCCCCAUGUCCGUAUCCAACAGGCCCAGGUCCGAAUUUUAGAGGCCAACAGCAGCAGUCAGUGUUGGGCCCACACCCUACACAUAUCCAGCAUGCCUACUAUGCAGCCCCACAACAAACAGUAUACGGGCCGCCUAUGACUCCAUCAGAAUUCGGGCAAGCUUAUAGCUCUAUGAGCCUUGAACCUCCCGAUAACGAAUGGUACAUGGAUACCGGAGCGACUUCUCACAUGACUCGUGAUUCUGGUAAUUUUUCUAAACUGUUUUCUUUGAGUUUUCCUCAAUAUAUUUUGGUUAGUGAGAUCAAAUUCUUACAUGUCCUAUCUUCGUAUCAGUACGCCGAUAUUUUCACAAAAGGGCUCCCUCGCCAACUGUUCUUAGAUUUCAGAAACAGUCUUAGCGUCCGACCUUCUCCCGCUUCGACUACGGGGGUAUGUUAG